UAAUUUUAAAUAUGGCUAAACUAAAAUUGAAGAAAUUAGAAGAGUAUCUUCAAGAUACUGAUAGUUUUGAAAAUCCUAAAGUAAGCUUAGAACAAUACCCAACGCCUUCACAUAUUGCUAGCUAUAUGUUGUAUAACAUGCAGUUUAUGUAUGGUGAUAUUGAAAAUAAAAUAAUUGGUGAUUUGGGAAGUGGAUGCGGAGUUUUGAGCAUAGGUGCUUCUUUACUGGGUGCGUCGCAAACGAUUGGGUUCGAAAUUGAUAGGGAAGCAAUAGAGAUUUUUCGCAAUAAUGUCGUUGAUAUGGAAAUACCCUCGAUUGACAUUGUUCAAAUUAAUGUUUUGAAUGGUCUCAAAGAUUCUAGAUGGACAAAUAUUUUUGACACAAUAGUAAUGAAUCCACCAUUCGGGACCAAAAAUAAUGCUGGUAUGGAUAUAAAAUUUUUAGAGACUGCUAUAAAUCUUUCUAACAAUGCCGUCUACUCAUUGCAUAAAACUUCAACAAGGUACUUGUUAAAAUAUUCGAUGACAUGUGUAACGUGAUCAAUUCAACGGGAAUUCCAUUUGAAACUGAUUGUUAAUGUUUUAUUUAUGCUUCACGUAUGGCCAUUUAUAUUUGUAUAUAGGUAUAUGCAUAUGCAGGUAAUAUAUGUAUUAUUCUUCGUAUAUGCCUAUAGCAUUUUAUAAAUUUUAUUUAUAGUUUCACUUUUGGCUUUUAGUUAUAAAUUAUGUAGAGAAAUUAUCUUACAAAUGCAUAGAAGAUCACGUAAUCUCAAAGUUCAUGUUAAUUUGCAAAUUCUAGAAUUGUUGUCAUUUUCGGCGACAAAGAUAGUGGUGACAUUUUUUAUUGUUAUAAUAACGCUGCAGUGUUGUGUUAUCAGUAACGUGGUUACUAAGCUUAAUUUAUA